GCGCGACGCAACUACAGAACAAUCAAACGCCCAGCAAACGCCCCCACGCAGGUCGAGCAGCAUUGAUCAUGUGCGAUAGCACCGCACUGUCGUCCGUUGGUCUUGUGUAGAAGGACACGGGAUGUUCAUCGAAUGCUCACGAUGAAAUCGGAGCGCGCUGGAGAUACACAUAAAGACACUCGAUCUGAGUCUCGCUUCUCUAGCUCCCCUUUCAACCUCGGGCCUCCGUUCGUAAUCAAGCAGAGGCGCUGGUCGCCUUGCUCGCUGCAUUAUACCCAUUCUUGUCAUACCGGCCUUACGACUCGGACCCCGCACGACGCUCUAAGCACUCACGACUCACGACUCAGCUCGCACCAUGCGCUUCACCGUCGCUUCGCCCUUCGUUUUCUCUCUGCUGUCUGUCGGCCCUGCCUUUGCCGCGCCUAUCGCAUACGCCAACGUCGGGCACAACUCUCAGAAGAUCGGCAACACGGCGUUGAAUGCGAUCUCACUCGGGACCAAAGCGUACCCACUCAGACCCUUCAUUCGCGAGGACCAGGGUGCGCUCCUCCUCAACCGGCGCGAGCUGAAUGGGCACACGGUCGGCGACGACACGUACACGGCCGCCAAUAAGGCUACUGGCGUUGCAAGCACUGCGGUGGACGUCGCAAAGGACUCCGUACGUCGUGCUGUAGAGCAUGAGCUGCGCGAGAAUCCCAGCCUCUCGGGAAGCGACAUCAACUGGAAGAAGGUCGGCCAUGUCAACUGGAAGAAGGCCGGCCACGUCAACUGGAAGAAGAAGGUCGGCCAGGUCAAAUGGAAGAAGGUCGGCCGCGUCGCGGGCAAGGUUGCAGGGUACGCGUUGCCUCUCGCGCCGCUCUUACUAGUACGUGAACUGGAGUUGGAUGAGCUGGACUAGGUAUUCGUAGCGUCUUAGGACAUUGACUUGGCUGUGGCUCGAGGGCGUGGGAGCUCAAACGAGCGUUGGCAGGCUACUUCUCUCCAUUCAAAGUCUGUACAGUCAUUUUAGGGACUUUGGGUGUA